AUGAAAAAAUGGAUAAGCUCAGAAGUCGCACGUGUGCCAGGUUAUUUUAAUGGUCGGAUGACCACCCUGGUGACAUAUUUAUGGGCAAUGUCACAAGAGAAAGAAUUUUAUAGUAAAGUGUGUGUUGCUGGAAGCAUCAAAUUUGUCGUCGGCGAAGCAACUGAAGAAUACAUUCAACUAUCAGACCUUGACAAAUUUUCUUGUAAUCUAGCGACAAUACUAACAAGAGACAGAGAAGUGGCAGCAGUAAACUUGAAAAUUUUACCCAACAAAUGCAAAGUUUACAUCGCUAAGAACAAUGCUUGUAGUGUUGAAAAUCUUGAGUAUCUCAACAACGUUAAAGAAAUCCUGAUAAAUGUGUUUAAAGAUGCUCCCAUAACAUUCCAACAGGCACUUAAUAGAAAUGAUAUGAAAGAUCUAUCUUUGCUAUAA